UUAAUAACCUAUGAAAGGAGUCCAUAGAGGCCACUGUAUUCUAUUGAAGAACAUGUCUAACAGUAACACUACUCAAGAGACCCUGGAAAUAAUGAAAGAAUCAGAAAAAAAACUGGUGGAAGAAUCUGUAAACAAAAACAAGUUUAUAUCUAAGACUCCAAGUAAGGAAGAAAUUGAGAAAGAAUGUGAAGAGACCAGUUUGCGUCAGGAGACACAGGAUUAUGAGUUCCUUUUUGACAAGAGGCGGACAUCUAACCAUGGUCAUGCCAGGAAAAGAGCCAAGUCUAAUUCCAAGCUAAAGUUGGUGCGCAGCCUGGCAGUGUGUGAGGAGUCCUCCACUCCAUUUGCUGAUGGGCCAUUAGAAACCCAGGAUAUAAUUCAGUUGCACAUCAGUUGCCCUUCUGACAAGGAGGAAGAAAAGUCCACAAAAGAUGUCUCUGAAAAGGAAGACAAGGACAAAAACAAAGAAAAGAUCCCAAGAAAGAUGCUGUCCAGAGACUCCAGCCAGGAAUAUACGGACUCCACUGGAAUAGACCUACAUGAAUUUCUUGUAAAUACACUGAAAAAGAACCCAAGGGACAGAAUGAUGCUGCUAAAAUUAGAACAGGAGAUUCUGGAAUUUAUUAACGACAACAAUAAUCAGUUCAAGAAGUUCCCUCAGAUGACCUCAUAUCACCGGAUGCUAUUACACCGGGUAGCUGCCUAUUUUGGGAUGGACCACAAUGUUGAUCAAACUGGGAAAGCUGUCAUCAUCAACAAAACUAGUAACACAAGAAUCCCUGAGCAGAGGUUUUCAGAACAUAUAAAGGAUGAGAAGAAUACAGAAUUUCAACAGAGGUUCAUUCUCAAGAGAGAUGAUGCCAGUAUGGACCGAGAUGAUAACCAGAUCAGAGUUCCAUUGCAGGAUGGAAGGAGGAGCAAGUCAAUAGAAGAGAGAGAGGAGGAAUAUCAAAGGGUCCGAGAGAGAAUAUUUGCCCGAGAGACUGGCCAGAACGGAUAUCUAAAUGACAUCAGGGGGAACCGUGAAGGGCUGAGCCGUACCUCAAGCAGCCGCCAGAGCAGCACAGACAGCGAACUCAAAUCCCUGGAGCCACGCCCUUGGAGCAGCACAGACUCUGAUGGCUCUGUCCGGAGCAUGCGACCCCCUGUCACCAAAGCCAGCAGCUUCAGUGGAAUCUCUAUCCUUACCCGAGGUGACAGUAUCGGCAGCAGUAAAGGCAGCAGUGCAGGAAGGAUCGCCAGGCCAGGUAUGGCACUAGGUGCCCCAGAAGUGUGCAACCAGGUCACCUCAUCCCAGUCUGUCCGGGGCCUUCUCCCUUGUACUGCCCAGCAGCAGCAGCAGCAGCAGCAGCAACUUCCUGCUCUCCCACCCACGCCUCAGCAACAGCCACCCUUGAAUAAUCACAUGAUCUCACAGGCAGAUGACCUCAGCAACCCCUUUGGACAAAUGAGCCUUAGUCGUCAAGGUUCUACUGAAGCAGCUGACCCAUCUGCAGCUCUAUUCCAGACCCCACUUAUCUCCCAGCACCCUCAGCAGACUAGCUUCAUCAUGGCUUCCACGGGUCAGCCCCUCCCCACUUCCAACUAUUCCACCUCUAGCCAUGCACCACCUACUCAGCAAGUUCUGCCACCCCAGGGGUACAUGCAGCCCCCUCAACAGAUCCAGGUUUCUUACUAUCCCCCUGGACAAUAUCCUAACUCCAACCAGCAAUAUCGACCUCUCUCUCACCCGGUGGCCUAUAGCCCCCAACGUGGUCAACAGCUGCCUCAGCCAUCCCAGCAGCCUGGUUUACAGCCCAUGAUGCCUAACCAGCAGCAGGCGGCUUACCAAGGCAUGAUUGGGGUCCAGCAGCCACAGAACCAGGGCCUGCUCAGCAGCCAGAGGAGCAGCAUGGGGGGCCAGAUGCAAGGCCUGGUGGUUCAGUACACUCCACUGCCUUCUUACCAAGUUCCAGUGGGUAGUGACUCGCAAAAUGUGGUCCAGCCGCCUUUCCAGCAACCCAUGCUGGUUCCUGCGAGCCAGUCUGUGCAAGGAGGCCUCCCAGCAGCAGGGGUACCAGUGUACUAUAGCAUGAUCCCACCUGCUCAGCAGAAUGGUACGAGCCCUUCUGUAGGGUUUCUGCAACCCCCUGGCUCUGAGCAGUACCAGAUGCCUCAGUCUCCCUCUCCCUGCAGUCCACCACAGAUGCCACAGCAGUACUCAGGAGUGUCACCUUCUGGACCAGGUGUGGUGGUCAUGCAGCUGAAUGUCCCUAAUGGACCCCAGCCCCCUCAGAACCCAUCCAUGGUCCAGUGGAGUCAUUGUAAAUACUACAGCAUGGACCAGCGGGGGCAGAAGCCUGGAGACCUGUACAGUCCUGACAGCAGCCCCCAGGCCAACACACAAAUGAGCAGCAGCCCUGUCACAUCUCCUACCCAGUCUCCAGCACCCUCUCCUGUCACCAGCCUCAGCAGCGUCUGCACAGGACUCAGUCCCCUGCCUGUCCUCACACAGUUCCCCCGGCCUGGGGGUCCAGCACAGGGUGAUGGGCGCUACUCCCUUUUGGGCCAGCCAUUACAGUACAAUCUGUCCAUCUGCCCUCCCUUGCUCCAUGGCCAGUCAACUUACACGGUGCACCAGGGACAGAGUGGAUUGAAGCAUGGAAACCGGGGCAAGAGACAAGCACUCAAAUCUGCCUCCACUGACCUGGGGACAGCAGAUGUUGUCCUGGGGCGGGUGCUGGAGGUGACAGAUCUCCCUGAGGGCAUCACCCGUACCGAGGCGGACAAACUCUUCACGCAGCUCGCCAUGUCCGGCGCCAAGAUCCAGUGGCUCAAGGAUGCUCAGGGGCUGCCUGGAGGGGGUGGGGGGGACAACAGUGGGACUGCUGAGAAUGGCCGCCACUCGGACCUCGCUGCCUUGUACACCAUUGUGGCUGUGUUCCCCAGCCCCCUGGCUGCCCAAAAUGCCUCCCUUCGUCUCAACAACUCCGUGAGUCGCUUCAAACUUCGAAUGGCCAAAAAGAACUAUGACCUGAGGAUCCUGGAGCGAGCCAGCUCCCAAUAAAUGGAGGAGGGGAAAGGGACUGUCACAGAAGGAGCAAGGGCAGGGUGGAGGGGGUUGAAGGAUCCUGACAGACCAUGGACAGAGGCAAGUAAGGAGACUGAUGUUAAACUGGAGCCUAAGACAGUGAUGAAGAUGGAAACAGACAAAUACCCACACUGGCAUUGGACUCCUUCUUGCUCCCCUGCCAUGGGUCCCCUCUUUUUCCCUGGUUGACCCCCACCCUUGCAUCACUCUUCUUCCCAUCCUAUCCUCUUCUUCUUUUUUUUUUUGAGACGGAGUUUCGCUCUUGUCGCCCAAGCUGGAGUGCAGUGGCACGAUCUUGGCUCACUGCAACCUCCAGCUUCUGGGUUCAAGUGAUUCUUCUGCCUCAGUCUCCCAAGUAGCUGGCACUACAGACAUGCGCCACCAUGCCUGGCUAAUUUUUGUAUUUUUAGUAGAGCCGGAGUUUCACCGUAUUGGCCAGGCUGGUCUCAAACUCCUGACCUCAGGUGAUCCGCCCGCCUUGGCCUCCCAAAGUGCUGGGAUUACAGGUGUGAGCCACUGUGCCCGGCCCCCAUCCUCUUCUAUCAUUUUUUAAAUCUCUUCUCCCAUCAUAAAAUUAAUUUCUCUCAUAAUUUUGGUCAGGUAGAAUUGGGAAAGUCCCACACUCUCCUCCUAUUACCUUAACAUCCCAAGCUUCCUUUCCUUUUUUGGUCUUUAUGAAUAUAUUUAUAUGGACAGAAUUAAGAUAAACAAAAUUGAGUUCCCCAUUCUCUCACUUCCCCAUGUUGUCUUCCUAGACCCCACAGAGUUAAAACUUGGGACUCCCCUGGCCACCCCCAGAACACUUGUAUAUUGUUUGUUUGAGGUUCGUGCCGCAGUAACAGACACAGUAUUUAAUUGCACAUACAGAUGUUUGCUGGGUAUAUUCACUGUAAAUUUUAUUUAAUCUGGUUUUUUGUUUGUUUGGGGGUUACUUGGGGGGAGGUUGGUUUUGUUUUUAAAUAUAAAAAAAAAAAAUCUGUCACUGGA